CGCACGGCAUCGUCUUCAAGGCCAAGCAUGUGGAGACUGGGGAGAUCGUUGCUCUCAAGAAGGUGGCUCUGCGGCGGCUGGGGGAUGGCAUCUCCAGUCAGGCCCUGCGGGAGAUCAAGGCCCUGCAGGAGAUGGAGGACAGUCCGUAUGUGAGUGAGGCUGGGCUCUGGAGGCCCGUCCUCCCUCCUGCACGCCCUCCAGUUUAUCCGGUCACUUAGUGCCCUUCCUCGUCCGCCUGGCCCCCCUCAUUCACCAGUUAUUGCGUUCCUCACUUCUUCCCUCUCGCAUUCACAAACUCAUUUUUUCAUUAACUCACCCAUUCACUUAGUCACUAACUUACUCUUUUUCUUCUGUAACAUUCAGUGAUUUCUAACAGUAGUGGCAACCGCCUCCUGUGGCCCUCCUGUCAGGUUCCGCAGGCUGAGUUACCUGUUACCCUGCACUGCCAUUCUGAGUUCACCGCCUCACGGGGCAGGUUUCAGGGUCUCCCUCCUGGGGCCCAGCGGGGGGAGACUCAGCCGCGACCUCACUGGCACUGGGUCACGGACCCUUUGGCCCAGGUCUGAUUGAGGAGUCCAGAAGCCGACCUCGGGGCUUCCCGUAGACCCUACCCUGUGCCAGGCACUGGCCUCAGCCUGGUUCUUGAGAAUAUCAGUGUGCCAGGGAAGGUGAACAGGCCACAGGGCACACCUGGCGUGGCUCGUGCUGAGGGGGGACUGGAAGUGGCUCUGGGCGCAGGAGGAGGGAGACCUGCCUCCAGCCUCCUUGCUCCCCGUGGUAUUCUCAGCCCUGGGGAGUCACAAGGAUGGGUCAUGUCCUGCCCUGGUGAGUUUGUCAUUCUCUGGAGACGUCCAUGAUGUAUCGGGUGACAAAAGCCCGUGUCCCCCUGGUUUUGUGUGUGUGUCUUUGUAUGCCAUGUCUGUUGUGAAGUCUGGGAGAAUAUACUGUAAGAUCUAUUGUAGGUAAUAGGACUUUUCUUCUUUUCUUUUCUUUUUUUACGAUUGUGUGCAUUUUCUGAAUGUAGGUGUAUGUUGUGAUCUGAAAAAUGACCAUAAGCCUAUCGUCAGAAAACCAGUAAUAGUAGCAUUCCUGCUAUUCAAGGAGAGUCAGAGGGCUGCAGACAGCCGUCAUGUGGAAGAGGUGGAGGGCCUGGGAGGGGGCUGGGGUCGUGGGCCCAAGUCCUGCGGAUAAGCAGUUUCUAUCUCAGGAACACUCCAGAGUUGACCCUGCACAGGCCACCACCACCUCUCAGCAGAAGAGCUGCAGCCACCUCCCCAGGGCUUUGCCCUCGCUACUGCCAGAAGUGCUGUGUGGAUGAGGUCGUCUGCGCCCCUUCCUGAAAUGCCCCAGUGGCUUCUCUUCACACUGAGGGUCCGCUUCUGCAUGCCUCCAGCCUCUCUCCAUUCACCCGGUGCGCUUCUUAAGCGUCUCUCUCUGCCGAGCACUGUCUAGGCUCUGGAGUGCAGAAGAGCAGGCAUCCUUCCCCUGGGAGCCCACAGGCUUCCGUCCCUCCAGCCCCCUCCCUGCGCCCUCAUCGUGCUUGCUGCCCCUCUGCCUGGAGCUCCUCCUAGAACCAGCCCCGCCCCACCUGUUCUCCUGUCCUCCUCAGAACCUGGACCUGUGCGCUGACUUGUUCCUCAUCUAUCAGGUGGUGCAGCUAAAGGCUGUGUUCCCGCAUGGCGCGUGCCUUGUGCUGGCCUUCGAGUUCAUGCUGUCAGAUCUGGCCGAGGUGCUGCGCCACGCCCAGAGGCCGCUGGUCCAGGCCCAGGUCAAGAGCUACCUGCAAAUGCUGCUCAGGGGCGUUGCCUUCUGCCACGCCCACAAUAUCGUGCAUCGGGUCAGUCCUAGCAUGGGCUGGAGACUUGAAACCAGCCAACCUGCUCAUCAGUGCCUCGGGCCAACUCAAGAUAGCAGACUUUGGCCUGGCCCGGGUCCUCUCCCCAGAUGGCAGCUGCCUCUACACACACCAGGUGGCCACCAGGUGGUACCGAGCCCCCGAGCUCCUGUACGGGGCCUGCCAGUAUGACCAGGGAGUCGACCUGUGGGCCGUGGGCUGCAUCCUGGGGGAGUUGUUGAACGGGUCCCCCCUUUUCCCAGGGGAGAACGACAUCGAUCAGCUGUGCUGUGUUAUUCGCAUCUUGGGCACCCCCAGCCCUCAAGUGUGGCCGGAGAUUACAGAGCUGCCCGACUACAACAAGAUCUCUUUCAAGGAUCAGGCACCCAUGCCCCUCGGGGAGCUGCUGCCUGAUGCCCCCCCUCAGGCCUUGGACCUGCUGGGGCACUUCCUCCGGUACCCUCCACGCCAGCGCAUCGCAGCCUCCCAGGCCCGCCAUACCUCAGAGGAGAAGCCAGGCCCUGUGGCCUACAGGCGUCACAUGCUUGGGGGCAUCAUGCACACGCGGGGUUGUUACCGGGGUCUUGCCACCUCCUGUCCCGCCUUCCUCACUCCGCUUGGCCUCGGCGCCCCUCCACAUCCCAGGACCUGUGCCCUUCUGCCCCUGCCCGGCUCCUGCACCACUGCAGUUGGCGUGUACGCUCCCUUCCCCGGGGCUCAUUGUCCCACCGCCCUGGGCUCCCUUCAGCCGCUCCUGGCCCCAGCCCACAGGGUGGGAGGAUGCCCUGAGGGGGCCUAUGCCUGGUCCCUGCUGCCUUCCCUCCUCGGGAGCACUGCCCAGACACUGAGCACCAGAUGGGAGUCCAGUGGGCAGCGGGGGUGAGGAGGAGGGCCUCUGUGGGGCAGCCUCUGCGUCCCUCCUUGGGACGGUGAGC